AUGCCUUCCAGCACAUCAGCGCCAACAGCCUUGACUUGCGAAGAGGAAGGAGAUGAGUCGGAUCUACAACUGAUGCCGCACAUACCACAUGUACGAGGCCUCAAGUUUGCGGCAACGCGACACGAAUCUCCCGAGCCCUCUGGUUUUGGCUUGGAAAUCAGCUCGGCUAUAAGGAUAGGUCACGACCAAGGCGCACAGGUUGUUGCCGUGGAUCAUAAUGUAGUCGCCAAGAUCUACGAUCCGCUCUUCUAUCCUGACGUAGAUGAAUAUGGGUUCAGGCCAGACGUUGUUUGCGUCGCAGAUGGCGCCUAUGCUCGCAAGUCUACUGCUUUCGAGGAACUAUAG